AGACUUAGCCCUGCGGCAGGUCCAGUCCCGGGCGGGCGGGCGGACCUUAGUGCUAGUGAAGGUGAAGGCAGUAGCAGAAGCAGUUGCCAGCUGCAGUGGCCCGGCCGCGGCGGGAGCGUCAUGUCAGAACCGCAGUCGCGUGGCGCAGAGCGCGACCUCUACCGGGACACGUGGGUGCGAUACCUGGGCUAUGCCAAUGAGGUGGGGGAGGCAUUCCGCUCCCUGGUCCCAGCCGCUGUGGUGUGGCUGAGCUACGGUGUGUCCAGCUCUUAUGUGCUGGCUGAUGCCAUUGACAAAGGCAAGAAGGCAGGAGAGGUGCCAAGCCCCGAAGCCAGUCGCAGCACCAGGAUGACCAUAGCUGUAGUGGAUACCUUUGUGUGGCAGGCUCUAGCCUCUGUGGCUAUCCCAGGCUUCACCAUCAACCGUAUAUGUGCCACCUCUCUCUAUGUCCUGGGCACUGCCACCCGCUGGCCUCUGGCUGUUCGCAAGUGGACCACCACCGCACUUGGGCUUCUGGCCAUUCCCGUCAUCAUCCACCCCAUCGACAGGUCCGUGGACUUCCUCCUGGACUCCAGCCUGCGCAAGCUCUACCCCUCGGUGGGGAAGCCCAGCUCCUCCUGACUCAGCCUGGGCUGUGGUCCAGGGAGUGUGGAUGCCUGGUUUCCUGGAGUCCCUGGCCCUGGAUCCUGCCUAUAUUUAAGCUGGACAGAAGCUUACAGAUAAAGAUCUCAAGGAGCAGUGACUGUAGCAGGACCUGACCCCAUCAACUCCCAUGGAAUCUAUUGUACUGAGCAGAGUGGACCUUGGUGGUCUGGCUCUGUCUUUUGAUGACAAAGUUAAUCCUCCCAUGGAGGAUAAGCAGACUGGGUCCCAGAAAAAGCAAGGAAUAGGCCCAAGAUAAUUUGACAAGCUGGGUACCAGGAUGCCCUGCUGCUCAGAGAGCCACUUCAUGGCAACGUGGCUGGAUGACAGCAGAUACUCAGGGAGAAACAUAGGAGUGCAGUAGCCAGGAACCUCAGGACAGAUUCUCCAGCCAUCCUAUCCCUGGCGCAGGGGCUGCUGGGGCCUAGCUGAAAGGCAGGACAGUCCUGAGCCAGGUGCUGGCUAGGCCAAUAAAUUCUUAAGAAGUUGA